AUGGAGGGUGCUGGCGCGGGGUCCGGCAGCAGCAAGUGCUCGCCGCCUCCCAGAAGUGGAGCGGCGGCAGCGGGGGCGGCGUGGGUGGGCGGCGGGGGCGUCUCGAGGGCUCCUCAGGGCGCGCCCACCACUCCGGCUGCUACUGCUGCUGCUGCUGGCGCUGCUGAUCCGAUUUACGCGACGGGACACCUGUCGAGAGUUUCGCUUGCUGCCGGCCGCUUUUCCGAGAGAGCCAGUCCGAAAAGCAGUCUCACCCACGCAGGAGGCACACCGAACAUACUGCGCGAACUGGAAAGACAGGCGGUGGGCGGCAAAGCAGGGGAGGGUGCAGAAUUACAGGGAGACAGUUGCAGAGGAGCGAGGGUGAAGUGGACAAGCGGAUGGGGCAGGCGAGGAGGGGCCGGCACAAUUAAGAGGCUCUCGCGGCGAGUGGCGCGCCGGCCCUCCGAGUUGCCAACACCUCUGACUCCGGCCGCCGCCGCCGCGGCCGCGGCACUUGUUAAAAACUGCGCCCAUUAG